GAGGAAGAUAAAUUAUGGUCAACAUUUAGUGUCCAUCAUUCUCGGCAUCUUGGUCCCCUUUUCCCUUGUAUUCUCAUGAAAUACAAGGUAAAAGGGGUCAAGAUGAGGGGACCGAGAUGCAUUCUAGCACACGCUAAAUAAAGGUAAUAUCGAGCUUCCGCUUUCUGCUCUGGAGGUGGAUCUGGUGCUUAACGACAGUACUACGCAGAAGCCCGUCCGAUCCUUCUGCGUUAACAUAGACCUUGGGGUUAUUGAAGACGAACAAGAAAGAUGGACCGAGAAGAUAUCCACCUCGCAGGUGCAAUUAAGGCUCUCACUAAUUCAUCCUCGGAAGGCAGCAUCCUGAAGAGGCUUUUCAAUGGGAAAAAGAGCCUACCUAGGAUGCAUUCCGAGAUGGAUUAGGGUGCGCUCUAAUGCUAGCCGGCGCGUCUUUUGUCUUCGCGAGUCGUCCUGAAAUGUACGUUGCCGACGAGGGAGAGCAACCGGAAUAUGAACAAACAACCGCGGGAGAGGUGCUAGUUCAAUUACGCCGCAAGGAUAAAAGUAAAACUCGUCAUUUCUUGUUAUACGAUGCAUCGGGUUUCUUUUCUUCUGGUGAUCCAUUGUAAGGGAACACUCCGUAUCGGUAUACUGUUCUCUCAUAAUGAAUCUGGAGAAGAUGAAAGAAACUCCUCGACGAAGACGAAGUAGAAGUAAAGAAAAAUAAGAGUAAGAGGAACUAUCUUUACCACGACAAUGAGUGGCAAUCUCUAAAUCCCAGCGGUCCAAUUGUCAGUGCACCCUAGUAACAUUGCUCUUCGCCAAGGAGUGGAGGAGGGAGUACAUCAGGGGUCGACAUCUAGUAACAUUGUUCUUCGCCAAUACCCAGGAGAUGCGGAUGCUGUACAUCAGGGGUCGACAUCACACCAGGACUACAGUCAAACAGGAGUCCUUUCUGGGAGGUUCUUAACUGAAAAACACGUUUGAGUUUCCAGUAGUUCAUCUUGGAGGAGUAUUACCUCCUUCAGAAGUAAUGCAAGAAGACGAGCAGUGCUGUCGGGUGUGGCGUCUACGGUCAUCAAUAAAUGAACAAACCGGACUACUAACUAAGAACAACUGGUGGAGGUGGCGCUGGAUGCACGGUUCCACUCUGGCUAUCCAUGUAAAAAAUGUAACCGGGCAGGGACGGUCUUCACAUAAAAAUGUAACUUAGGUGACAAGUUGUAGGUGGACAAGUUGUAGUUCUGAAAGCGUACAACAACAGAUCACGUUGACGAUUACUUCUCGCUGUGUGAGCAUUAAUAUGGUACUUUCACAAGUCAUAGCUCCUGCUCCGCUGCGAGAAUUUGUGCUUGAAUGAAAAAUAGUUCCCAUGAUCCAAUGCAGUCUUCAUGUUAAUCAUUUAUGGACUCGAAUUUUCCUGGAGGUUCGUCGUUGUCUUAUCAAGUUGAAGGUAGUGGAAAAUGGCGAAUGAAAUGAUGAAGAAUCUGGUGCUGUCUUCUUUUCUGGUCGUUGGGGAUGUCAAAGAUGAAUUUCUUCUGCUUCUUCUGCAAUACCCUCAUGCAGAAGUUCUAGAGAAUAGAGAUCUACCCUACUAAAAAUAAAAAAGUAAAAAACAAUAUAAAGCCUAAAAAAGAAAUAAAUAAAAAUAUGUAUAACGCGAUAAAUAAAGAUAUAUAUAAACUGCCGAAAAAGGUGCCUGAUUUUUAAUCUUGAUGGUCUAUUUGCUGAUGCUCCUACUUCUAUUUGGGUCAAAAAACUUCCUUCAUUUGAUGACGCACUUCAAACCAAAAAGCAGUAGGGUUAUAGGCUAAGAGCUGUGCAGGCUCAGAGGAGAUAGGUGGCAACACUGGAAGCACGGAGCGCGUUUCCUAUUUUUCUUGUUAUUUCCUUGUGAUUGUGUUCGGCCUGAAUUUGAGUCGGUUUUUGAGUCUGUACUUGUUGAAGGUUGACCAAGGGAGAAAUUAUAAAAGAGAGCUACUGGAUUCCGACAAAAAAUAAGAUCAGUACCAUUCGGUCUACUCUCUGAGAUCACUAAGUAGAACAACGUUCUGAUGCUAGCUGUUGAUGAUAAUUUUUACCUCAUUUGGUCGUGAUUUUGUUUUAUUAAUGUUAAUUUUUCGUUGAUCUUCGUGAUCCAUAAUUGAGGAACAUCUACCUCCUGGUAAGGAUUUGUAGGUAGAUCACAAUGUUGAUCAUGAUUUAGUUUCAUUCAUCUUUAACGAGUAAUUGACCCCUCAAGAAAUCAUCAGACUUGAACGAAAAAGCUAGAGAUUGCGCUAGUUGUACCGUUAUUGUUUUUCCACACUGAUAACGGUGAAAGAAUGGAAUUUUUGCCAUCGCGCAACGGCAAACCUACUUGCACCAAAUAAAAAUCGAGAAGGCUGUUUUCACUGAAACCUCCUAUGGUGCAGUGGGUCAAUGAACCUGCAGGGUGAAAUAAUAGUUACUAAACUACAGUAGUAAAAUUUCAUCUAUUAACGCUCAUGAUCAGGAGCUCGUUGCUUUUGCAUACGCAUUUGCAAUAAUACAAGCAGUAUUUUUUAAAAACAGACUCAUUCCUAAUAUGAAUCAAGAACAUAUCUUCACUUCUCAAAUUGCUUGUUGGGAGUCUCAUUUCACGAUCAGUUAUACUGGCGCUCAAACUCAAUCCAUUGUUUCCCGUCGGGAUCGUGUAGUGAUGUAAUAGAAAUAUGAU